UCGCGGAUUCCUUUAUAUUCGUGGUGUAUAAGUUCGUUUGCGUUGCUAUGAGCAAUUGAGAGGUGAAAUCAGGAAAAUUACAAACAACAUGAGAGCUGUGACGAGUGUAAACGACAGGCACAUCGUUAUAUUAGAUUUUGUGAUUGUUGACUGCAGUGAAAUCGAAUAAAAAACCUCUAUGGAAACCACAAAGAUCUUCAACGCUUGAGGGAAAACAGUUUGAUCUUCAAAAUGGCUUACGAAAAAUCGGUCAUUAACAUCAACAUCAACUUCGAGAAUGACGAACAGUACAUUCCUCAUCUACCGAAGCCAUUUCUGAUGAGAAAAGAUCGCAGUAAGGGUAAACUUGGUACAAUUCAACCAAGUCUGGAUGCACAAAGGACUGCCUUCGAAAUCCACAAAAGAGUCAUGGAGGUUCAAAGGUUUCGUCGAGACAGUCAAAGUGCUUUGGAAGCUCCACUUCUAGUAACGGCUCUUAUAAAAAAAACUCACCAAAGGCUCGACACCAUACAGGAGAUAACUCAGUCGCAUCCUACGCCCCUAGAGAAAUUUGUCUGGGCAGCUCGGGUGGUUCAUGUUUUAGUAUCGUCUUGCAUGAGAUGGAGAAGAUACAAGAAGCCAGACGAAAGUACCAAGAGCAAGCACGAUUCAGCUGAAUCUGGAACAAGGAAAGGAAGUCAGAAAAACUCUGGAAUUGGUUUUGAUACCAGAGUAUUUAAAGGGAAAAGCAAGAUCUCCGAUGAACUUCGUCAUAUUUUAACAUCCAUACCUCGAGUGCGAACAAAUGAAGGACUUAAGAAGAUCCAGAGACUAUGUCGCAGUACGCGUGCGGUCAUGAUAUUUCCGCUGGAGAGGGAACACGAUCUGUCCCGCCUCGUUGGUUAUGAACGAUACGACAAUGGUCGAGUACUUGCCUGUCAGGGGAGGAUACCGGAGAGAUUUUAUUACGUCCUCUCAGGGAGAGUUAGUAAAAUUUGCGUCUAUGAUCUGGCUGCUGGCGUUACAAAGAUGUCUUUCGGGGAGCUGAUGCAAGGACAUACAACCGAUCCUGUGGAAUUGAUGAAUGGUACAGAAAGAGAGCAUUCACUGAUAUGCAAAGGACCUGUUGAAGUUCUUGUGUUAGACAAAGAGGAUUUUAUGGAACUGAUGAACACCAGCCCGUACAGUGGACUGCCGAUUGAAACACUAAGGUCAAUCGAACUCUUUCGAAACUUUCCGCUUGAAAAGUUCCUAGACGACAAAGAUGCCAUUAUGACCAGAUACUAUGCCAAAGAUGCUGUGAUUGUUAAAGACAGCAGUGAUACUCCUUUCUUCUACAUCGUUAAAUCGGGGAGGUGUAAGGUUGUUAGAAAGCAGGAAGUGUUGGAUAUGAGCAGGACAACAAAGCUUCCCAGUAUUGCCACAGUCACGAGGAAAUCUCCACGAUCAACACCAGGCAAAAACCCCACAAGCCUGUUAGAGCUUACGGAAACAUUUUCCAAGAAAAACACGGCACGAUUGGAUAAAAUAACGCUGAGAACCUCAGUGUGUUCAAUGAACCCGAACAUAAAAAUUACGGGCGACUCGGGAAUUAUGUUUGCUGAAAAGAACCAUGAUGAGCAGCCCACUUCAAGACAACUUGAAAAGGACCCGGUAUUUGAUUCAGGUGGAGUGACUUGUCCAAGGAAGCCAGACAAAGUAGCCAAAAAAGUAUCUGACGUUUCAGUCACUCUUCCCACGAGAACAGCGCUCCUGCAAAUCGCUGUUCUAAAACCAGGAAAUAUGUUUGGCCUGGAGUCCAUGAUGCCGAAAGUUGCCACCAAGAUAAGUUCAGAGGCUGAUGCAGUUGAAGAAAAUCAAGAUCCCUCCACGAAAAGCCUCAUCUUGAUCAGUGAAGGGGCUGAAUGUAUUAUGAUCAACAAGAGGUUUUUCUUAAUGAACGCCAGCAUCACCACUCUCGUUCAGCUAAAAGCUUUGCGAGAAGACUACAUGACUGUACCUGAUGCUCGACACCGGAUCCAAUGCUUAGAAAGUUGGGAUUUAUACAAAGGAGAACUUAUAAGAACACUGACCACAAGAGCGGCAAAACAAGCGCGAAGAUAGCUCAGAAUCUUUGAAAUGAUCAAUCUAUUAACAUGACGUUGCAUACGUAACUGUGUACAUUUGCUGGCUUGGAACAAGCGUUCGUGCUCACCAGCUGUCACUUACAGAUGAUUCCAUCUCUUGCUUUCCCACAGCAGUGUUAUGCUGGCGUGAAUCUAACGCUUCCUCUUCAAAAAUCAGUAAAGACAAGAUCCCUUUGUGGAAAAAUCUUCCGAGGCUGCUGGACGACAAUGACCUUAAUUGACUACUUCCGGUUUCUGACAACCCAGCUGUCAACUUUCCUUGCAGGGUCUGUCUUCGUUUAGAUAAAGAGAGGCCCCGGUAAGGAGACUGUCCACCAGCGAAAAGACAAUUGAUAUAUUUAUUUCUUCUGACAAUGCAAAAUAAUUAUCCCUAAAGUAGGGGAGUUAUUUAAAGGAUGUAAAUGUAAAUACAAAGUAAACAAGAGUGAAUAAUGAGUGAAAUUUUUAAAAAGAAACAAAAAUUAUUUCAAGGAGAACACAUUCAGUAUCACCUGAAAACUAUUCAGUAUAACCCUCUCUACAUUUACUGAUUCACCCUUCCCCACCGCCCCGUCAACAUCCACAAAAAGCAUUACUACAUUCCUCCUAAGUAUUUACACAUACCUUGUACUGUAACACAUACCUUGUACUGACAAAUCUUAGAGAACAAAUGUUACAGAAUUAAAGUCGUGUCAGAAUUCUUGUCCUAACAUAAAACUUAAUCUGUUAUUUGAUUAACUUAUUAUUAGAUAAAUAACAUUGUGUGGGGUACUACUCUCUCUCUCUCUCUCUCUCAUGGUCUAGUUGUUAAAUUAUUAAGAGUGUUUGUGGACUUCUCCAGUAGCAGCAAACCGAAAAGGUUGAAAAAUUACUAUUUUUACAGUAAAAAAAGCCUGGCAAAAUGAAAAAAUAAUUGUGAACAUUUAACUUUCUGCUUCUUAUUUUUUGUUCAGAGUGUUAAUAAACUUCACAAGCACCAAUAAAUCAAAGGGGUGAAAGAUGAGUAUUUUGACAAUAAAUAAACAAAAUAAAUCAAAAUUAAACAUAAUUCAUUAAAAACUUGAUCAGUCGUG